CACAUCCAUGGUUCCAAGACAUUGAAUGGGACAGAUUAUAUCAGAUGGAUGCUGCUUUUAUACCAGAGGUUAACAGUGACCUAGAUACACAGAACUUUGAAAAGUUUGAAGAGAUGGGGGCUCAAGUACAAACUUCUACAAAAUCGGGUCCCUGGAGAAAGAUGCUUCCGUCGAAGGAUGCUAAUUUUGUCGGUUAUACAUACAAGAAUGUUGAGAUUGCCAAUGAGCAUCAUCUUCCAGGCAUUGCUGAGUUGAGGAAGAAAAGUACUGCACCUAAGAGACCUUCCGUGAAGUCAUUGUUUGAAACUCCAAGUCCUCCUGAUCCCCCAACAAAGGGAAGCUAUCUCAACCUCUUGCCAACUCAAUUAGAGGAACCUGAAAGCCCGGUGCCUGAACAUCAAUCUAUUAGAUCCGCACAAUAUUUUCGCAAACAUUUGCAAAGAUAGCAGAAAAGAUGCUUUCCGUAGGUAAAUUAUCCACAGCAAAUUGGGAAUGAAAAUAUUUUUCAACGUUGCAAAUUGGCAAUAAAACAGGUUGGGUCAUCAUAUAUAUGUUAAAAGAUUCUUCUUUGUCUAGUAUUUAAUUAUUAUGUGAAAAUAGCAUUAUGGUCAUUCUCGGUACAGCAGGAUAUAGAUGGAGGAGUUAGAUUUCUUCCUGUAAAUCGUUUCGAGAUGUGCUUUUGGAGUAGAUAAUAACCUCUGUUUAUAUUGCCUAUAGAAAGAUGAAGGGAGAAGUUUAAGUGAUCAGUCUAGGUUGUUCAUUAUUUGCCCAUCACACCAGUAACUAUAGGAACAAAUUAUACAGGUAUCUCAUAAAUGUUCUCUCUCGCUUUUCUUAAAUUGAUUGUUCUACAUCAUAACAGUGAUUGUCGUGGACCUCUAGUGAGACAUUCAAAUUUUUUUAAGCUCUUUCAUAGUAUAAUUAUUUUUUGUAUGAAUGCCGGUUAUGUAGUUAUACUAAAUGGUACUAUAUUUUAACGAUUAUAUAUUGAGUUUCUGUUUCUGGUUGCAUGCAUGUUUGUUCUAUGUUAUCAGACAGACAUGCAAGCUGCGUUUCUGCCCAUUCUUGGUUUUAAGUGAGUCUCACAUGGACUGUAUACUAUACACCUAGAGAUUCAACUUUUGUAUGUAGCAAAAUGAAUUGCUCUGAGACUUUUGUCUAGCUACUGAGGAUGAUAAAAUAGGAUAUACUAUUUCUCAACCCUGUUAGCUAUGCCGGAGGCUACGAGCAUGCAACAGAGGUGUUGUGUCUUUUCCGUCUGAAGGUCGACUAUGGUCCGAGCAACAUAAAACAUACAGAGCUGGGGCUUGAGAUGGAUAUGACGAUCAAUAAGACAAUUGUUAGGCAAUAGCUGCUCCAUCAUGCUUUGAGGUAGCAAUGGAGAAAUGAUUGUGUGACUAGAAUUUAGGUCUUUUGGUGGGAGAUACAAACACCAGUUUGGUUCUAACUUAUUUUGUGUGGUUUUGGUGUUGUGAUUGAGGUUAUAUAGAAGUUCAACUUUGAGUAA